CUUCCCAGUACCCCACCGCACUCGCCCUUGCAAAGCUUGCUGCUAGCGGUGUCACAGCAGAUACCGAACAGCAUGGAAGGUGACAGUUACUAAAGUCAUAGUUGGGGCAAUUAAACAGAAAAUAAUGUCACAGACCGUGCCUCCGAGAUCUGAAAACGUUAGCGACACGAAAGUGUUCAACUUUUAAGAGUUUUAUAUUCAAAACGUGGACACACUUUGAACAUUGACGUGACAGAUCGCUGUUUAGCUAGCUCGCUAACCUUGCUAGCUAAGUUAUUUUGGUGUGCAGAAUCAAUUCGAUAGCCAUCGCUAAACUCAAGGACGGCGUAGGGUGGAGACAGGCUGCCAACUGAAUAUUUAAAGAAAACGUCUGUAAAUUAAUUUUUUUAAAUAAGGAAACCCGGAAGGAUCCACAGGUGGUGCUAGGAUAUCGACAAGUUUCAGGUAGUUGGCGUUGCCGCCUCCCGGUGGCCGGUGUGUAUGAGUGUGGGCAGCAGCUGGUGAGCGUCGUAGUCCACGGGGAUGGGGAAUGGAGUCCAGCAACACCAGGCAACACCACUCACACAAGGAGAGGUGCUGCCACUGCCCUCCGACAGCCAGACAGAGGGUCUAAAGCCCCAGACACGGUCCGUGGUUAACUCUCUCCUCUCAGGGGCCUUAGCUGGAGCCUUGGCCAAAACCGCUGUGGCCCCACUGGACAGAACCAAGAUCAUCUUCCAAGUGUCCUCAGCAAGAUUCUCUGCCAAGGAGGCGUAUAGGUUGAUCUAUCGGACCUACCUGAAGGAUGGCUUCCUCAGCCUGUGGAGGGGCAACUCUGCCACCAUGGUGCGGGUCAUCCCCUACGCUGCCAUCCAGUUCUGUGCUCACGAGCAGUACAAGAGACUACUGGGUGGAUACUUCGGCUUCCAGGGAAAAGCCCUGCCGCCGGUGCCACGGUUACUGGCGGGUUCUAUGGCUGGUACCACAGCUGCCAUGCUCACCUACCCUCUGGACAUGGUGCGAGCCAGGAUGGCUGUCACGCCCAAGGAGAUGUACAGUAACAUAAUCCAUGUGUUUGUGCGUAUCUCUCGUGAGGAGGGUUUGAAGACACUGUAUCGUGGUUUCACCCCCACCAUACUGGGUGUGGUGCCCUACGCUGGACUCAGCUUCUUCACCUACGAGACUCUCAAGAAAAUGCAUGCAGAGCGGAGCGGUCGCCCCCAGCCCUACUCGUACGAGAGGUUGGUGUUCGGGGCAUGCGCAGGUCUCCUGGGCCAAUCGGCCUCCUACCCGCUGGAUGUGGUGCGGCGGCGCAUGCAGACGGCGGGCGUGACUGGGCACACCUACGGCACCAUCCUGGGUACCAUGCGGGACAUCGUGGCAGAGGAGGGCGUGGUGCGUGGACUCUACAAGGGCCUCAGUAUGAACUGGGUCAAAGGGCCCAUCGCUGUGGGCAUCAGCUUCACCACCUUUGACAUGACACAGAUCCUUCUGAAGAAGUUGUACCAGCUGAGGUAUAAUAACAGGUAACCAGUAGGGAGACACUGGUGGAGGGAUGGAGAAGGCAACGGCGAGGGGAAUGAGGACCAUAGAUAAUAGCAGGACAGUCGCUCUAUGAGAACCUCGGCACAAACGACGUGAAGGCCAGGAUGAGAAAACAAACAUUGUGGUUUUCUAGGGUCACGGCAUAACGGAUUGGGGAAUGUGUAAUUGAGUGAUCCAGGUCAGCACAGUGGACACACAGUGUGUGAAAUGAAUGUCUUCAUCUUUGUGUAUGUACAUGGAGGCAUGAAGUCUCAUGAGGUACAUUUGGUGGGUCAUAAUAUACACACUAUGGUCCUGUACGUUGUGUUCAGGUGCAAUAUGUUCAGUUAUUUCAUGUGUGUAAUAUUCACACAAAAUACAUGUGUGUGUGUGUGUGUGUGAGAGAGAGUGACAACGCACACCUUCCGGGUGUCUCCCUUGCCUUGCGUCUCUACUUGAAUAGGGGACCUUCCAACAGUCUGGAUCAGAUGAGUUGUUCCUGUCUAUCUCCUUCCACAUGAGUUGGAUUUGACUUUUAUCAAACGACAAUGUGCCCCCAUGAGAUUUUGUUUUGUUUGGUUGAUGAUUUUUGUUAAAUGAGUUAUACCAAAGCAUAUACAAGACGUGCAUUGUAAUUAAUAAUAUGAUUUAUGACUAGAGAA